CCGUUGUUAGUUUAGUUUAACCAUCGCAGCGCUUGAGUCGCGAUCAGUUGAUCAGGCCAAGUACCCAGUUCCCAGUUCCCAGGAUCGUCUCCGACUUGUUUCUUUUUUUUUGUUUGACCACUCAACACCAAGUCGAAAAUGAAGUUAUUUUUAUGUGCCAUUGCUGUGACGCUGUGUGUGGCGGCGACAACCGUCAACGCAGCCAACUUCGAGUGCCCGAAGGCCAAUGGCCAGUUCGCCGAUGAGGUGCAGUGCGACAAGUUCUACGUCUGCGACGACGGAGUGGCCAAGGCGAAGCUCUGUCCCGACGGCCUGGUCUUCGACCCCCUCAACCGCAAGUUCAACAAGUGCGACCAGCCCUUCAAUGUAGACUGCGAGGACCGCACGGAGCUGCAGGAGCCCAAGUCCAGCAAGUACUGUCCGCGCAAGAACGGCUUCUUCGCGCAUCCCGAUCCCGCCGUGUGCAACAUUUUCUACAACUGCAUCGAGGGCGACGCUUUGGAGACCAAGUGCACCGUGGGCCUGCACUUCGAUGAGUACUCGGGCACCUGUGUGUGGCCCGAUACCGCCAAGCGUGAGGGAUGCAACCCGGAGCAGAGGACAUCCGAGACCGGCUUCGUGUGCCCCAAGGAUCAGCCCAAGACCGACGAUCGCGGUCAGGUGGUGACCCAUCCCAAGUACCCGCAUCCCACCGACUGCCAGAAGUUCUACGUGUGCCUGAACGGCGAGGAUCCGCGUGAUUUGGGCUGCCAGCUGGGCGAGGUCUACAACGAUGCCACCGAGAUGUGCGACGCCCCCGAAAAUGUGCCCGGCUGCGAGGACUGGUACAAGGAGGUGGACGACAAGAAGGACUAAGCACUGAGGACCAAGGACCACACUUCCGGUCGACCUGUCUCAUCUCACAUCCACACUCACACAAAUAACAAAACAACAACAACAAAAAAAAAAAAAACAAAACACAAACAAACACACGGAUUCGCGUCUUAGUCACUUAAAGUUAGUAGUUCUAGCCCAUUUCCUAUAGAACGUAUGCGUAGCAGUUAAACUUCAAUCUUCCUCUGUUUACUCUCUGGCUAUCUGACUUUCUAUACCUGUACUUUCCUUUCUUUUAAUCCAUUUCAAAAUCAAAAAAUCACCACCUUCCUCACUCUCUGUAUCUGCCUAUCUCUGUGCCCAACCGAAUUCUACCAAACUGUUGUGUAUAUAUUUCCCAUUUUCAGACUUUCACCUAAUUAUUAUACAAAAAAAUAAACUGAAUUUUUUAUAAAACUAUACCUACUAAAAUUAUCUAUCUUUCCCAAUCCUCCGACUAUGAUCUUCCUUCUAUCUGUAUUUUCUUUUAGCUGUCCUCUGUUCUUUUUUUUUUAAAACAAAAAAAAAUUUUUAAUUUGACUAUACUUUAAUGCUCUCCAUACCCGAAGUAGCUGAUAUUUUCAAAUACUUAUUUUUUUGACUUUUCCUUUGCUCUAUUUUUGAAUUUUCCAUCACAUACAUUAUCUUGAUCAGAUUGAAUUUGUUAAUUUGACUAUUAUGUAAUUCCCUCCAUUCUCGAAAUAGCUGAUAAUUUCAAAUACUUCUCUAUUCUUAACAUUUUCCUUGUUCUUUUUUUGAAUUUUCAAUCAUAUACAUUAUCUUGAUCAGACUAAAAUUGGUUUUUCUUCUAUUUCUUCGUAAUCUUCCUUCUACUUUCUUUUAUGAUCUAUCUAUGAUUAAGUUUCAAAAUGUUAUAGUCCAAAUUCGGACUUCUUGUGGUUAUAUAUGUCACUUUAUCAUAUAUGCAGAGGACAAAAGAAGUUUAAGUACACUUUGCACUGAAAUUUCUUAUAAAAUAAACUAUUUUUGCCCACUGUAUCUAUGCCUAAAAUUCUUUACUUUGGUUUUCUUGCCAUUUUUCGUUCCUCAAAACUAUACUUUCAAUAUCUAACACAACUUUUCUUUAUCUAUCACUUUUCCUUAUCUACCAAUUUAUGGACUCUUCUUUUCCUCGUCAUAUUAUUUUUUCAAUUCUUUUUUAAAUUUUAAACUUUAUAAUUAACGUUCAUUUAGACAUUUAUUGUAUGAUUUCUUAACUUGCCCAGAUGCUUUUUUUUAUUACAUCUAAAACCUUUCGCCAGAUUUAUUUAAGUCAUCACACAUUGUAAUUCUCUAAUUCGUAAGACAAAACCAUCCCAAUAAUUUUCUCUUUACAAAAUUAGUGUGCAUCUCGUUUGGAAAUAAUUAUGAAGAGAGUGAUCGACUCUAAUCAAUCAA